CUUACCUUCAACUCCACGUGCAUGAACGAAUUCUUGCCAUGGCUAACUUUCACAUUGUUUUUUUUUGUUCUCUGACGCAUUGAAGGGGUUUGCCCCAAUUGAUCGCAUCAUCAACCAACUACGCAUGAUCGAUGUAGUGAACCUUCGGAUUCCUCAACCCUUCCGUUUUGCGGUUCAAUACAACCGCAAGCACCGAAGAGGUAUCAUCGGAGGAAGAAGGUUUAUCGAUUACAUGCGAUUGCCCAACAACAGACCAUUCAUUCAGUUUGCGUUCAGUUCGCUCAGUCGUCGGACGCACUUGUCGUUGAUAAGACGCACCCGUGUAACUUCCUUAAGACGAGUCAGCGGAAAUAGAAGCUAGUUUCGCAGCAGUAGUAGUUUUUCUAUUCGAGUAGCUGGUAGCCGUAAUUCGUGAGCCCAAUAAAGUUUUGGGCGUAUUUGUUGGGAGAGUUCCAACCGAUGCAGUAGUCGGUACAGAUCCACUUGUAGUGGUACUGCAGCUGUACCGGUAUGGAUCACAUCGCCGAGGUAACGGCCGGGAUCGCUUACAUCCCGGCCGGCAUCAUCUACGGCUAUCUGCUGCUGUUGCCCAUCGCUGAGGACAAACUCAUCGCCUGCCUGUACGAGGAAACGUACUACUGGCCGCAUAUCAUCGCAAUCGUCGCUAUGCUCAUCACGGUUGUGCUGACCAACGGUCUCAAGCUUAACUAUCGCAAGACGCAGUUUAUCCAUCUCUACCUGCAGCUAACCGCAACCGUCUUCUCGAUUACCGCCGGUCUCGUCUUUCUCCUGGUGGAUGAUGUCGUACCGGCGAUCUAUCUUGGUGCUAUCGCGUUUGGUCUGACGCUCGUGCCGGGCCUUAGCUACCUACACAUACGCUGUCGUUCACGUCACCGCGUGUUGCUGAUGUCACUGUGCACUGUCUGGUUUCUGGCCGGUGUAGCAACGACGGCAACAAUCAACGAGCUGGCCGCGGUAAACGAAGCUGGUGAGGAGCGGUUGCAUCAGAAUGUUGCGAUCGCUCUACUUACUGCCAGCACCUUCCUGCUGGUACUGCUUGGACUGGUAGAGCUGUUGCAGCGUGAAACGAUCGUCGAUUAUCGCCGUCCGCUCGAUUACGACACGGCAAUGGCUCACGAUAGUGGACGGCUGCUGAAUCCUGACCGACGGUCCUUUGCACCGUACGCCCAGUUCGGCCGGGCUGCACCGGCCCUCGGCAAGGGUGUUACCGGUACGGGUUGGUCCACCGAACGGAUCGUUAGUACCGGCGUCAACGAAACCGGCUGUCGCUACCGUACACUGUGGACGGUGUACAUGAUAGGCACGAAGCUGAUCGGGUUGCUUGCGUUCUAUUGGGUAUUGCUGAUCAAGGGUAUUAUGGCGACCCGCGAAUUGCUGGAAGUGGAUGACGCGGGAUACUUACCGUUUUGGCUGAUGGCGGGCGGUGCACUGCUUACCGCCAUUCUUGGACUUCGGCUUGCACCGAAGACAUUGUUUUUGGGCGCUUCCGUACUGUAUGUGAUAGCGCUCGUGCUAGCCAUUGCCUUCUACUCGGCCGAUCUCUUGAACCCCGAGUAUGGUAUCGCUAAGCUGUUGUUCUUUGCGUUCCUUGGAGCCGCCUUACCAUUGCCGGCUAUUAACAUUUUAGAGCUGGCACCGCUGAACUGUAACGAAGCGGCACUCGCUCUUGGUACCGCGUUCGAGCUACUUGCGAUUGCGCUGUUACAGUACUACGGUACGAACGAUGGCACACUGUUCGGGAUGGUGGAAAUAGCCGGUGGUGACCCGGAGCCAACUAGCAACCACAAGGAUGUGAUCGCUGCGCACUAUAUUACGGCGAUCGUGCUUGGUGUUGUGUGUGCGGUGGCAACUCUCUGGCAUAUGCCCAACACGGGCCGUAAAUCGUUGUCGGAAAUAGAGAACGAUCUUAGCCGUAUGCGUUCCUACUUUGCAUUUAGUCGUCGCCAUCAACAACCUCCACCUCAAACCAUGGUCAAUCCUGAGCUUCAUGUCGACACAUCCCACACGAAUGGUCGGCUCGAUGAUACGCUCGACGAGCAGCAACCGAACGGUCACGAGCAACAGCUAAGUGCAAGAAAUGCAGCACGGUUUGCAACGCUCUAUCCCGAUUCCCCUGAUCCGCGCGAUCCACGCAAUGGAUCGUAUCACAGUCCGGCCAGUAAUAGUCCUACGGCGCGCAGUCGCAGCCGCAGCCCGUACAACGACUUCGAUCAACACGCGCAUUACCUCCACCAUCAGGAUCCGCACCUUCACCAGCAGCAGCAGGAUGCGUUACGGCGACAGCAUGAAGCGAACUAUCUUAAUGCUCGCCUUCAGCAGCGUGGCCUCGACUCACCGACCGGCUCGGAUCAGAUGUCUCGUGGCCGUAACCUGCCGUCCGAAACAAUCAAACCAUUGCCACUGCUACCACCGCUAGUGGCACGCACGUCCCAGCGUCCCGAUCCAGCGCUCGGUUCGCUUACGGUCAAAUCCGAACCCGGUACCGUACUGCGGCCUAUUUUGCUCACCCAAAAAAGUGAUGCACCGGCGCCACCACCCAUGCCACCCGCUGAUUACCUCACCAAGUCUUUACCGCGCGUCAAGGCAGUCCGGCAGUCACGCAUACCACCGAUCAUACCGAAACCGGAACCCGAGGCCGAGGUGGUUGUGCCCGGUGUCGAGUACUCGCACAACCUCGUGCCGAGUCAGUUCCUGCGGCAAUCGCUUCAAAACUCGCAGCUUUUCCGCUAGUACGCACAGCACCGUAUAAUAUAAGUUAACGAACGACCUCCUUUUUUUUAUUCAACUAUUCAAAGUUAAUAGCGAAAAUAAAUUGAAACUAUUUGAUUGUUUAUCUAAACAGGUAUGUGUGUUCGUUUGAUUAUCGCCAACUAUCUCUAAGGGUGUCUGUUGCACACUUGAGCUUUUCGGCUGCAUCUCAUGGCACAAGGUGUAUAGAAGAAAGAUAAUUUUAAAAAUAUUAUAUUAUCUCUUAAGCUUAAGCCAUUAGCUCUUUGAAAACUUAGCUAUACCUCUUUGAAAAGUAAAACAAAAAAUUAAAACUGAAAAGUCAAAAUCUUUGGCCUCUAACCUCCCCAGAUCUUCAAUCUGAGGAAUAUUUUAUAUGAAAAAGCCACUGAUCGCACUUACUGUACUACAAAAACUGAGCUGAUGGAUAAAACUAAAACACUUUUACAGGCUCUUCCCAAAGAACCAACAUUGAAGCUAUGCUCAAUGCUAAUGGUGGUAUUUUAAGUGAUAAGUUGUUGAUAAUUAUAGUAUUUUAUAUUUUCUAUAAUUUUUUUUAAUCAAUUCAACAAAAUUUAAAAUGUAAAAAAAUCCUUUUGUAACAGUCUAAUUUAUCCUCAACACCCUGUUAAUUAAUGGCGGCAUAUACGAUGAUCAUAUAUUCAAGACAAAGGUCAAUGUCAGAAGGCUCGCCAAAAGGUAACUGACCUUCGUCAACAUGUCUCACUAACCUAGAUUUAAUGUGACAGCUAACUGUCUCGCUCUCGCUCAUUUAUUUAAAUUCAUCUCACCGUAUAAUGAAUUACCAUCCUUCAUCUGCAAUCAGCAAUCACUCACCAUUGAUCGGAUCGUGCCAUCGUAUCGUAGCGCAUAACAAGAUUGAAAAAAAUAAUUUUCUUUUCACUUGAUCGUUUUUUUUUUGGUUAAUAAAACACAUUAAUUUUGAUCAUUUUAAAAACGCUUUAUUUUAUGUAAAGUUGAAUAAAAAUGAAUCCCACCACCAAAAACCCUCUCCUCCUUCCGCUUUUUUAUGUAAUAGAUAAUAAACCUGGUCGUAAAACUAGUGAAUUUUGUUUUCGUCUUUUAAACACAAAUCAUCUGCAAA